AUGGCGACUCUUCUCUCUGUCUUGCUUGCGGGCUCUGCCCUUGUCAGCGCCCAGGACUUUAGCGGUGGUUCAAGAGGCGAGGAUGCAUUCAGUUGGGUCCAGCCGGUGAACACUACUAUUUUGACCGAGCAUGGCUCUUCGCCGGCCGUCUAUCCCUCCCCCAAUGCAACCGGGGCCGGUGGUUGGGAGGAGGCCCUGCAAAAGGCAAAGGAGUUCGUUGCUCAGCUUACCGUCGACGAGAAGUCCUACAUGGUCUCGGGUCAACCCGGUCCCUGUGUUGGCAACAUCGCCGCCAUCCCUCGUCUCGGCUUCCCUGGUCUUUGUCUUCAUGAUGGGCCGUUGGCUAUCCGUGUAGCGGACUAUGCUAGCGUCUUCUCUGCAGGCGUGUCCGCGGGAGCGUCUUGGGACAAGGCCCUCAUGUACGAGCGCGGUCACGCCAUGGGUCAGGAGUUCAAGGGCAAGGGCGCUCACGUCGCGCUCCAGCCCGUUGCUGGUCCUCUGGGUCGCUCUGGCUACGCCGGCCGCAACUGGGAGGGUUCUGCUGCUGACCCUUACCUCGCGGGUGUCUUUAUGAGAGAGACGAUCCUGGGUACCCAGGAUGCGGGUGUUCAGGCCUGCGCAAAGCACUACAUUGGAAAUGAGCAGGAGACUCAGCGCAACCCCGUGUUCGACCCGAAUGGCACCGACACGGAUGUCAUCUCUGCGGCCAUCUCUUCCAACCUCGACGACAGGACCAUGCACGAGCUCUAUCUCUGGCCGUUUGCAGAUGCGGCACGCGCCAAGGUUGCAUCCUUCAUGUGCUCGUACACGAGGAUCAACGGUAGCUACGGCUGCCAGAACUCUGCGGCAUUGAACGGUCUGCUCAAGACGGAGCUUGGCUUCCAGGGUUACGUCAUGUCUGAUUGGGGUGCAACCCACACUGGUGUCGCCGGCAUCGAGGCUGGUCAGGAUAUGGAUAUGCCUGGCGGUCUCGGAGCCUAUGGCACUGCUUUUGCUGAGGAUGUCCCAGGACGCAUGCCUUCCUUCUUUGGCGGCAACAUCACUCUCGCCGUUAAUAACGGUUCUUUGGCUGAAACUCGCGUCGAUGACAUGAUUAUCCGCAUCAUGACGCCUUUCUACGCUCUCGGCCAGGACAAGGAUUUCCCGACUGUCGACCCCUCGUCCGCUGAGCUGAACACCUUUUCCCCGGUCAGCACUUGGAAGAUCGACUGGAACCUCACUGGUGAAGCCAGCCGCGACGUUCGUGGCGACCACGCGAAGCUCAUCCGGAAACACGGAGCGGCGGGUACCGUCCUGCUCAAAAACGUGAACAACGCGCUUCCCCUCAAGGCCCCCAAGAACAUUGCCAUCUUUGGCAACGACGCUGCAGAGCCCACUCAGGGCCAGCUCAACCAAGUAAACUACGAGUAUGGCACUCUCGCGGCUGGCGGCGGUUCCGGCACCGGCCAACUAACCUACAUCGUCACUCCUCUCCGCGCCCUCCAGGACCGCGCCGCCUCGGACAACGCCAAAAUCGUGCAAUACUGGCUCAACAACACGCUCAUCGCCGACACCGACAUCGACACCCUCCUGAUCCCCGACCGCCCCGAAGUCUGCAUCGUCCUGCUCAAGACCUGGGCCGAAGAAGCCGCCGACCGCGCCUCCCUCCACGUCGACUGGAACGGCGACGCCGUCGUCGACUCGGUAGCCUCAAAGUGCAACAACACCAUCGUCGUCACCCACUCCUCCGGCAUAAACGUCCUCCCCUGGGCCGACCACCAAAACGUCACUGCUAUUCUCGCCGCGCACUACCCCGGCGAGGAAUCCGGCCAUUCGCUCGUAGAUAUCCUGUACGGCGACGUCAAUCCCUCGGGACACCUGCCGUACACCAUCGCGCUCAACGCAACGGAUUACAACGCCCCGCCUACCACGGCUAUCAACACGACGGGCGUGUACGAUUGGCAGUCGUGGUUCGACGAGAAGCUCGAGAUCGACUACCGGUACUUCGACGCGCACAACAUCUCGGUUCGAUACGAAUUCGGGUUCGGCCUGAGCUAUACUUGUUUCGCCUUCUCUUCCCUAGCCGCUGAGCCUCUUGCGGAGAAUAUUUCCGCGCUGCCGGAGAAGCUGGAUGUAGUGCCGGGUGGGAAUCCGGCGCUCUGGGAAGCCGUGUAUAACGUCUCUGUUAGCGUUAGCAACACGGGGCCUGUGGCGGGGCAUGCUGUUCCGCAGCUUUAUCUUGGGCUUCCGGGUAGUGCGCCUGAGGGUACGCCGCCUAGGCAGCUGCGCGGGUUUGAGAAGGUUUGGUUGGAGGUUAAUCAGACGAGGACGGUUUGCUUUGAGUUGAUGAGGAGGGAUUUGAGUUUCUGGGAUGUUGUAAGUCAGGAGUGGAAGAUUCCGGAGGGGGAGUUUACGGUUGGUGUGGGGGAGAGCUCGAGGAAGAUAGGCGUGGAGAAGAUGGUGGAGGUGUUGGGGGGUUAUUGA